CGACUACUGGACUAGCGACGGUAUCGACACUUGGCGCGGUUCAACGAGAUGCCGGGAUCGCAUGAUGGCAUCCCAAUUUCAACGGCCGUUCAGAUCUGGAGGCGAUGCUAACCUGACCAGAGGUGAUCGUCAUCGACUACAUUAUCUUGUCGAUCCGUACACGCUACAUGCGCCGAGGAAAGUUAAUUGCUAUUUCCACGACGACGAACGACUCGAGCUACUCAGGCCGCCAUGACAGUAAGGCUAUGCAGGCGUCAUGGCAGGCCGAAGAAUCGUGACCGAAUGGUUCAUAGGUAAUCCAUAUAAUCCGGAGGCCCGCGAACAUGGUACCAGUACCUGGUAAGCCUCAAUCCGCACUCCUGGUACUGUGCUACAUACCUGGCACCUCGAGAUGCGUUCGUUCACAUCUUUGGCUAUCUUCGGCCUUCUUCCUCUAUCUUUUACUGCACCCGCACCGGCUUUAGUGGCAGGCCCCGUACCGGAGAUCACACCGGCACCUAGGUUCGCAACUGCGAGUAUCGAAAAGCGACAGUUGCUUCCAAAUUUGCUCAAUGUUGCUAUCGGCCUUGCGACCAGUCUUCUUAAAGAUGUAGAUAAUGCUGUAGCAAACAGCAAUCCUUCCGCUGUCAACUCUGCACUGGUCAAGAUUCAACCCACGACAAAGCCUACUGCCAUCUCGCAGGCCUUGGCACAGCAACAAUCCGUCUGGGCAUCACCAACCCGAACAAAUAUAUUUGGUGCGAUUGCAACACAGGUCGCCAACGGCCUUGGCCCCGCCCUCGAUGGCACACUCAACACCGCAUUGCAAGGCGGCCUUCCUGUUGGAGAGAAUAGCAUCUCCAACAACAACAAAGCAGUUGGCAACAUCUACCCAAGUAAGAGGGGAUCAAACGAUCCCCAGUACUCCAUCUCUGAGGCACAUCUCCGCGCUGCGAUCUUCAUCCCGUCAGGCUUCACUUACGGCAAGAAGACUCCAGUUCUCUUCGUUCCAGGUACAGGCUCAUACGGCGGCACCACCUUCGCAAACAACCUGCGCAAAUUGCUCACCGGUCAAUCCUACGCCGAUCCGGUGUGGUUGAACGUCCCGGGCGCCAUGAUUGGGGACGCGCAGAUCAACUCUGAGUAUAUUGCCUACGCGAUCAACUACAUCAGUGCCGUCUCCGCCAACAAGAAGAUCGCUGUCGUCUCAUGGUCUCAAGGCGGUCUCGAUACUCAGUGGGUUCUGAAGUACUGGCCCAGUACGCGCAGCAUCGUGCAAGACUUCCUCCCUGUCUCGCCCGACUUCGCCGGCACCAUCAUUGCCAACGCUCUCUGCCUCAGUUCAAAUAGCCAGAUCGGUGCCGUGCCCUGCAACCCCAGUGUAAUUCAGCAGCAGCGUACGAGCAACUACGUGCAGGCACUGCGCAAGAACGGCGGCGAUAGGGCCUUUGUCCCAACAACGACGUUCUACUCCGGCUUCUUUGACGAGAUCGUCCAGCCACAACAAGGCACUGGCGCGUCCGCCUUCUUACCAGCUGGUCUCGCCCCUGCAACAAACAUUGAGGUCCAGACUUUUUGCGCCAACCAGCCCGGUGGCAGUUUCUACGGGCACGCAGGCGCUCUGUUCCAUCCGCUGACGUACGCGCUGAUUGUCGAUGCGCUGACGCAUCCUGGAACCACAGGGCAAGUCGGCCGUAUCAAUAGGCAGGCAGUAUGUGCAAGCUACGCUGCGCCUGGGUUGGAUCUGGACGAUGUGCUUGCGACGAGUGGGCUGAUUCCGGUUGCGGGCGUGCUGCUGCUGGCGUAUCCGCAGAAGAUGCUCACUGAGCCCCCGCUGAAGGCGUAUGCUUUGAGGGGUUAGGAAAUCAGAUAUAGUGAGCGUACAAGCGAUCGUAAUAUAUAAUUGGGAGACUUUGACAGUUUAUCCCUCGUUCCCUGAAGAAUGAGCAUGAGCUGUGAGAACGAGCUGUGAGCUUUUGGUGGUAGUCUGGAAGAAGUGCGUCGAACCAUACUUUGUGAAGGGUAAUGGACGACACAAGGGGCUCAGUAAAUUGUCUUGCUCAAAUCUGCAUUCCUUGAGCCUGAUCGUUCAGACUCACCC